AUGUUGUGGCAACUGUGGGCUCCCGUAGUCAUUGCGACGGCAGUGAUAGGUGUCUAUCGUCUGUGGAAGAAGCUCACUUUAUUUUCACGGCUCAACUUCCCGGUCGUUGGGUCCCCCGACGACCAGAAUCUGUCAUAUGCAGUGCUUGAAGGGCACCAAAAGUACCCGGAUACUCCCUUCAUUGUUCCGUCAGAUCCACCACGAGUCAUUCUCCCCAUGAACCUCCAUCAGGAAGUUAUUCACGCCGACGAAUCGGAGUUCUCAUUCGGCGCCGAGCUCUACGAUGUGUUUCUCGGCCGCUACACGCACAUUGGGGAGAGCAACCAUGACAUCAUCGGCGCCGUCCGCGUCGACUUGACCAGGAACCUGAAUGCUGUCCUGCAGCCUAUUCAGGAUGAGAUGAACCAUGCCAUUGGUCAACUUGUUGGCGAUUCUGGUGAAUGGAAGACUUUAAACGUCCACAAGACGAUUCUCCGCAUGGUUGGCUUGAUGAGUGGACGCGUUUUCGUUGGUCUACCUCUUAGCCGCGACGAAGAAUGGCUAGCGGCUUCGAUCAACUUCACUGUCGACGUUUCGAAAUCCCGCCUGGCGAUGUUGCGACUACACCCAUGGAUUCGACCUUUCUUCUUGCGCACGCUUCCAGAGGUGCGGCACAUGAUCGGCGAGCAAAAGAAGGCUCAUGAGUGGAUGCGGCCGCUUGUUGCAGACUUUACCCGAGAUCAGUAUAAGCUGGAAGAGAAACCGGCGAAGCCUGGGCAAAGAGGUGCAUUCAUCUCAUGGAUGAUGAAGUACCUGCCAGAAGAGCAGAGGACUGCCGAAAACAUUGGGAACGGUCAGAUGUUGUUGUCGUUUGCCGCCAUUCACACAACAUCAAGUACAACGACCUUUGCUCUGCUAGAUCUUCUCAGUCGCCCUGAGUACAUCCAGCCUCUGCGAGACGAAAUCGAGCAAGUAAUUGCCGAAGACGGACUGCAGGAAGACGAGGAGGGACAUCGUUAUCUUUCAAAAAUCUCUCUCAACAAGUUGAGGAAGCUAGACAGCUUCAUCAAGGAGAGUCAGCGCACGAGUCCUUUGAACUUUGGCGGCUCGGUCAGGAGAGUUCUCAAGGAUCAUACCUUCUCCAACGGCCUCAAGAUUCCUGCCGGAACUCCAGUCUCGUUUCCCUUGUGGGGUGUUUACCAAUCCGAGACUACGAACACUUUCAGCCCAGAGUACAACUCCGAUACGAAGAAUGCGCCACCAACUGAAUUCGAUGGAUUCCGUUUCGCUCGUCUGCGAGAGGUCUCGGGCCGGGAGAUGAAGCAUCAGGCGGCCACCACAGGCCCGGACGCCUUCAACUUCGGCCAUGGUCCGCAUGCCUGCCCAGGCCGUUUCUUCGCUGUUUACAUGAUCAAGUGUAUUCUGAUUGAGCUGUUGAUGAACUAUGACAUGCAGCUGAAGAGUACGGGGAGUGGUUCCAAGCGACCACCAAACAUGGUUAAACAGUUGCUGGUGAUGCCGAACACGGGAGCCGAGCUUGAGAUUCGGAAGCGGGCUCAGGCAUGA